GUAGUUGUGUUUAUCUGUGAGGGUUCCCAGUGUGUACUCAUUCUGUGGCUUUUUAUUCAGUAUCAUGGAAAUAUUUUAACAUGUGCACUGGGAAGAGGCUGGGUUACCAUGGGAUUCCAAGCUCUCUGUGUGGGGCUGCUUUGUGUUAGCUUUUUAUCUUAUAUUUAUACACCCAUGCCUGACAACAUUGAAGAAACCUGGAAAGUAAUGGCCCUGGAUGCAGUUGCUAAAACUUGUAACCUUGUGGCCACAUUAUGUGAUAACAUAGGUCUUAUGAAAUAUGAAGAUGUAUUAGCAAUUUUAGCAUCAGCACACUUUACAAAACCAGUUUCAGAUGAAAACGUUACAGUGAUUGACACAGACUUUUGUGACAUCCCUGUUCGUCUGUACUUACCAAAGAGGAAGUCUGAAAGACGGAGACCAGCUGUGAUUUUCAUUCAUGGUGGUGCCUUUGUCUUGGGAAGUUAUAAGAUAGCAGCCUAUGAUGAUCUGAACAGAUUGACUGCAAACAAGCUCGACGCUGUUGUUGUGGGAAUAGACUACAGACUUGCUCCCAAGUAUCCUUUCCCAGCUGCCCUUGAAGACUGUGUUUAUGUGAUCAAGUUCUUUCUCCAGGAGAAAGUUCUUGCAAAAUACAGAGUGGAUCCCUCACGCAUCUGCAUUAUGGGAGACAGCUCUGGGGGUACCUUGGCAGCAACAGUGACUCAACUGCUACAGAAUGAUCCAAAUUUCAAAGGUAGAAUUAAAGCACAAGCCUUGAUGUAUCCAGGCCUACAGUCACUUGAUACUUUUCUACCAUCCCAUCAAGAGUAUCAACAUGGUCCAGUUCUGACCAGGGAGAUGAUAAUUAAGUUGCUUUGCCUAUAUGUGACUGAAGACCAAGUUCUACCCCAGGCUGCACUGAGGAACGAGCACAUGCCUGAAGAAUCGAGACACCUAUUCAAGUUUGUUAACUGGAGUGACUUCCUUCCUGAGAAGUAUAAAAAGAACCAUGUUUACACUGAACCAGUUCUUGGAAAAUUGAAUGCUUCCUAUCCAGUACUUGUGGACAGCAGGUUGUCGCCUUUGCUAGUCAAUGACUCACAGUUACAGAGUUUGCCAUUGACAUACAUUGUCACCUGUGAACAUGAUAUCUUUAGAGAUGACGGUCUCAUUUACAUCUCACGGCUUAGAAAUGUUGGGGUUCAAGUUACUCAUGAGCAUAUAGAGAAAGGAGUACAUGGAGCCCUAUCAUUCACCAGCGCUCCAGUGUUUUUAAAUUUAGGAUUAAAAUUAAGAGAUAAGUAUAUUAAUUGGUUAGAAGAAAAUCUAUAAGUGAAGCAUGUAGCUGGGUAAUCAAUAAAGAAAUCUGACUGAUAAACUUUGAACUGUUGUAUGAUGAAUGGGCACAAUAUUAUUUGGCUAGUGGAUAAAGCUACAUUUCAAUUUGAGUAAAAGUUACUGUAUAUGUUUGUGAAAGUUACUUCAUUAUUCCAUCUUAGAAAUAUUGCUAAAAUGAGGCAACAUUUCAUUAUCUGUAUUAAUUACCAUUUGUUGUGAAAAAUAUACUUUGAGUAUUCAAAAAUGGGAGAACAGUGGAAAGCAUGUCUUUCAUUACAUGGGAACAUUUUUGAGAUUCAUGGCAGUGAUAAACCAAAUUUCGGAUAUAUUGCGUGAAAAAAUAAUUAAAAAAAAUGGAAUGGAGUCAUGAGUAGUAGGUGGGUUAACACAUUAUUCUCUAGUAGACCAGUGUCAGAGAGGCAAUCAGGUAGACAUAGCUCUGUGAGUUCAAGGCCAGGUUGGUUUAUGUAGCUAGUUGUAAGACAACUACUGCUAUUUAGUGACACAAUGUUCCAAACCAGUGAAUAAGAAAGAAGAGUAAAGAAACCAUGAAUGAGGAAAAAGUGUGAUAGACACAACUGUAAUGACAUUUGUAUGAACUGAGCAGUAUACUAUAAUUCUGCUAUACUUUUUCCAAUCAUGUGUUCUCUAUUCAUUGCCAUAAUCUGCUCAAGGUGAAUUAAGUUAGUUGUUCUUUUUACACACUUCUCAUCAAGUCUAUAUUCUGCUUUUCAUAAGAAAAAUGUGUAUAUUGGAGGAAGUUUACUUGAUCAUGAACUGUUCCUAAAGUUUGAACAUUUGUGCCUUACACUUUUGUAAGAUCAAACUUGAUGGAAACUUGUCUGAAUUGUAUUUAUUGUGGGAUAACACCUCUUAAUGCAUGAUGGUAACUAUUGAUUGUAAGUAGGACUAUUAAUAGUAUUAUUUUGAAUUUUUGUAAUGAAGCAUUGUGCACACAGAGAUUGCAUACCCAGAGAGUUAUGCUAGUGGAUGAUCUCCAGACAUGUUUGUUUCCCUGCGAUGAUAGAACACAUCCUCCCAUUAAAAAAAAUCAACUCCUAAAUAGCUACAUUUCUACUCAGAAACAUUAAAAUUACUGUUUAAUUUUCUCAUAUCCUGGUGAUUCUUCUGCUUGUGUAUAUUUCUUUGAUAGGUUUGGUGCAUUUUUCUUAAUGUUGAAUAAAUUUUAUUUAAUGGAAAU